UGGCGGGUUAAAGGGAGGCCGGCCCGGGAGUGGGCUGCCUCCGCUUGCGCCACGCUACCGCCUCGGUCCCGCCACAGCGGAGGACGCGCCUUGGAGCCGGAUCGCUCGGUGCGGCCGAGCCUCGAGAGAACGCGCUGGGUGCUCCUCAGCUCGUAGGUAAAGGCGCGGCUCUUCCGCCGAAGUCCUCGUUGUGCCAUUUGGAACCGAGAUAUCUGGGAGCAGGACCGAGGAGAUGAGGGCCACCUUCACCACUUCAGAUGGGUAAACUGAGCCUUGGGCAGGAGAGAGGACUUGAUUAUCUUGGUUUUAAAAACUACACACCACGUUAAGUACAAAUCAGACCUCUACUUCUUUGAGACGCAUGGACUGAAGUUGAAAUCCUUUCGCUGGUGAGACGGAGACACUGAAAGGACACAGAAAGGGACAGAGCCUUGCCGAAAGUCACACAGCAAGUCAUUUGCAGAGCUAGGACUUGGACCCAGCUCUUCCAGACUCAAAGGCUAUUAGACUGGGCCCCUUCUUUGCGCAGAUUGUUGGACUACGGUGAAGAUUUUUUGAAAGCAGUGAAGUGCUGUGCAAGGAACUAUUUAAUUAUUUUACCAAGGUUUUACAGUUUGGAAAAGCCUUUUGACUCAGAAAUCACUAAGAAGUAUUCCAAAAUAGAAUGACAUGAAGAAUGCACUCAAGCAAGCUUGGCCUGAAAGUAGAAGGUGAGAAGAAAGUUAUGGACCAGUUGCAUUGAGGAAUGAAGAGCUGCUGUGUGUUUUCAUCAGUCUGAUUGACUUGCUGAGGGAGGUUGAAACAUCUAUCUCCAGAAAUGUCUUUGAAAAAUGAAGAGCAAAAUGACCUUUCACCCAAGGACUCAGUUAAAGGAAAUGACCAGUACAGAGCUCCAUCUGGGAUCCACCUGGAGCAUGAAGAGGAAUCACGUAAUGACUUCAGGCAGUUUGAGUCCAGUGAUCUUUUUAGACACCGUAGGAUCUACUUAGAGCCUCAAGAGAAAUCAGAUAAUAACUUCAAGAAGUUUGUUAUCAAAAAACUAGAGAAGAGUUGCCAGUGCAGUUCAACCAAAGCCAAAAAUAUCAUUUUUGGUUUCCUUCCUGUUUUGCAGUGGCUCCCAAAAUAUGAUCUGAAGAAAAACAUUUUAGGAGAUGUGAUGUCUGGCUUGAUUGUGGGCAUCUUAUUGGUGCCCCAGUCCAUUGCUUAUUCUCUCUUGGCUGGCCAAGAACCUAUCUAUGGUCUGUACACAUCUUUUUUUGCCAGCCUCAUUUAUUUCAUUUUGGGUACCUCCCGUCACAUCUCUGUAGGCAUUUUUGGAGUACUGUGCCUUAUGAUUGGUGAAGUAGUUGACCGAGAACUAUACAUAGCUGGCUAUGAUACUGUCCAUGCUGCUUCAAAUGAGAGCUCAUUAGUAAACCAGAUGUCAGACAAGACAUGUGACAGAAGUUGCUAUGCAAUUAUAGUUGGCAGCACUGUAACCUUUGUGGCUGGAGUUUAUCAGGUAGCGAUGGGCUUCUUUCAAGUGGGCUUUGUUUCAGUCUACCUCUCUGAUGCCUUGCUGAGUGGAUUUGUCACUGGUGCCUCCUUCACUAUUCUUACAUCUCAAGUCAAGUACCUCCUUGGACUCAGCCUUCCUCGGAGUAGUGGAGUGGGAUCACUCAUCACUACUUGGAUACAUGUAUUCAGAAACAUUCAUAAGACCAAUAUCUGUGAUCUCAUCACCAGCCUUUUGUGCCUUCUGGUUCUUCUGCCAACCAAAGAACUCAAUGAGCACUUCAAAUCCAAGCUUAAGGCACCAAUUCCUGUUGAACUCUUUGUUGUUGUGGCAGCCACAUUAGCCUCUCAUUUUGGAAAACUGAAUGAGAAAUACAGCACCAGUAUUGCUGGGUAUAUUCCCACUGGGUUUAUGCCACCCAAAGCACCUGACUGGAACUUAAUUCCUAGAGUGGCUGUAGAUGCAAUAGCUAUUGCUAUCAUUGGGUUUGCUAUCACUGUAUCACUUUCUGAGAUGUUUGCCAAGAAACAUGGCUACACAGUCAAAGCUAAUCAGGAAAUGUACGCUAUUGGCUUUUGCAAUAUCAUCCCUUCCUUCUUCCACUGCUUCACUACUAGUGCAGCUCUUGCAAAGACACUAGUGAAGGAAUCCACAGGCUGUCAAACUCAGGUUUCUGGUGUGGUGACAGCUCUGGUUCUUCUGUUGGUCCUCUUGGUCAUAGCUCCUUUGUUCUUCUCCCUGCAGAAAAGUGUCCUUGGUGUGAUAACUAUCGUAAAUCUCCGGGGAGCCCUACGUAAAUUUAAGGAUCUGCCCCAGAUGUGGAGGAUUAGCAGAAUGGACACAGUUAUCUGGUUUGUUACCAUGCUGUCCUCUGCACUGAUCAGUACUGAAAUAGGCCUGCUUACUGGGGUUUGUUUUUCUAUGUUUUGUGUCAUCCUCCGCACUCAGAAGCCAAGGACUUCAUUGCUUGGCCUGGUGGAAGAUUCUGAAGUCUUUGAAUCCAUGUCUGCCUACAAGAACCUUCAGACCAAGUCAGGCAUCAAAAUUUUCCGCUUUGUGGCCCCACUCUACUAUGUAAACAAAGAAUAUUUUAAAUCUGCUUUAUACAAAAAAACUCUCAACCCAGUCUUAGUAAAAGCAGCUCAGAGGAAGGCAGCAAAGAAAAAGAUCAAAAGGGAAACAGUAACAUUCAGUGGAAUCCAGGACGAAGUUUCAGUGCAACUUUCCCAUGAUCCCUUAGAGUUCCAUACAAUAGUGAUUGACUGUAGUGCAAUACAGUUUUUAGAUACAGCAGGGAUCCAUACACUGAAAGAAGUUCGCAGAGAUUAUGAAGCUAUUGGCAUCCAGGUUCUGCUGGCUCAAUGCAAUCCCUCUGUGAGGGACUCCCUGGCCCGGGGAGAGUACUGCAAAAAGGAUGAAGAAAACCUUCUUUUUUAUAGUGUAUAUGAAGCAAUGACUUUUGCAGAAGACUCUCAGAAUCAAAAAGAGAGAUAUGUUCCCAAUGGUCCAAGUUUUUCCAGUGAUUGAUUGAGAAGGUAGAUGGAAGAAAGAAUCCCGUCUAGCCAAUAGGUUAAGAUUUCAAGUGUGUAGAAUUUUAUACUGUGGAACUGGAAAUUGUUGCACACUAGAAAUUUUAACCUUUUGGCUAGGCAGAAUUCUUCCUUUGAAGUUGAUGGCCUUUGUAGAUACGCAAAGGCAGCAGAGCUUUUAGUUAAGCAGAAUCAAAAUAAGAAAAUGUGUUUUUAAGUUUUCUCGUAAACAUGAGAUAUUCUUGGAAUUAAAUAAAUAUCUGUUGAACUGUAAA